AUGACACCCAGGUACACUGACCAAUCUCAGUACUUGUACACUUCACCACCCGGACCGCCAAAUAGCAAUUAUGCACAGCAGCCACAUGUCGUGCCACAAGGCAAUUUCGAUCAUUCCCAGCAGUCGUAUGAUAUGUCCGCAGAAACCCGCCCUCGGCCGCAAUAUCACACCAGCGCCCAAGGAAGGUUCGUGGAAGCCCGGCAGGCCGUCCCGUCGACACCUACCCUCGGGACGCAGUGGACCACUGUGCAAACUAGCCAGCCUCAACAGACUUUUACGUCGGCGUCAGGCGUCUCGGGGAGCCACCGGGUAUCUCUGCCAAACGACCACGUUCAAUCUCCUGAAAGUCAAAGACCUCCAGACCUUCGGACUUGGCAAAGGAAACGCCCUGCCGAGGACCCCAUCACCGCAGGAAGCGGAGGGCCACCUGCUGCAAAGAGGCAGCACCAAGGGCACAUACCGCUGGAAGGAUCCCAGCAUGCUCCUCGCACUGAUCAGCGUCUGGCGAUGUCAUGCGUGCGGGCCUUUCGGUCCCUGGAUACAAAAUUCCAGGACUUGCACCAAGCCUACUGCGACAAACGAGAUCGAGACAAAUGGGAACUAUCCAAACGUGAACAAGAAUUCAAAAGACGUCAGCCAUCUAUGAGAGGCGAGUACCAGCAUGCGUUAGAGUCCGUCAGACAAGAUCACGAAAAACAACGCAGGUACUGGAAGGGUGAGUUGCGCACAAAUGAGCAACGAUGGAAAGGAAUAGUCCAACAGGAGGACAAGAUAUGGAGAUCCUCCUACGCGGAGCUGGACAAGAUCUGGGAUACCUGGGUCAAAGGCGAUUUUCAAGACCUCGUCCGUCCUCAACUUGUACAGUAUAUCCGUCAUCUAGAAUCCGCGGUCCACCGCUUGGGCUCAAAACCUGCAGGUCACGUGUCAUUGCAGCGAGAGGCGCCCGACCAACGACAACCCGCAGAUAGAACAACCACGACAGCAUUACGGUCGUCACGGCCCCCUGAUGCGGCACCGGCAAUGCCGCUGUCAACGUAUUCUCUCAGCGCAGAAUCUAUAGUACCGCUGCCCGCACAACCCUCUGGCGCAGAGAUAGCCAUGCCGUCACCGUCUAGCCCCUCCAGUAUAGCAUCGACAGUAUCAUCAUCACCGACGUACUCUUCUACCCCGGCAUCGACACCGCCUUCGUCGCAUAUCCCUAGUAUAGCAUCGACAACGACACCACCAGUAUACUCUCCUGGCACAGGACCGAUAGGACCGUCACCGGCAUACGUUUCGAAUAACGCGGCACGAGCAAUGCUUCCACCACCCCACCGCGAUGUUGCAUCCACAAGACCUCCAACAAUGUAUUCGCCUGAGACAGCAACGGCGAUGCCGCCACGAUUAUAUCCUCUAAACACGACGUCUUCUGUAUCACCUCUGGCACAUCCUCCUAUUUCUGCAGCAGCCAUGCCACCACCAGCACCAUACCCUGCUACGCAAUCGACAAUACCGCCCCUACCAUAUCAUCCAAGCCUAGCAUUGUCUCCUCCGAUGCGACCUUCUGCCACAACAACAACGAUGCCACCACCGCCGCUCCCCAAAAGACCAGCGAUAGUGUCACCGCCACCACUUCCUAACAUUGUAUUGCCGCCGACACCACCUCCCGACCCUACAACUACAUUGCUUACGCCGCUGUGCCCAGAUAUAAUAACAGCAAUGCCACCAUCUCCACCGCCCAGCAGAACAGCCACGACACCACCACCACCACUCCCUGAUAUAGGACUUGCGAGGCCUUCAUUGCCACAUCCUAAUAGAACAAGACCUCUGCCGUUACCACGCCAUCCCAGCAUUGCGACAGUAAAACCGCCUUCGCGAUUUCCUCACUGUCCCGCCACGAUCCCAUCAGGUGCAGCAUUUCGAGAUGCAGAAUUCCAGGGCGCAAAGGCGAUGCCAGCGCAGCCACAUUUCCACGAAGCAACUAUAAUCCCGCCAAGGCUAUAUUCUGACAAUGUACGAACGUGUCAGGAGCCAGAUUAUUACAGACCAUCGACGAUCCCUCCACAGCAGCAUCUAUACACGGCAAUGACCAUGUCAUCGAAACCACAGCCCCCACGCACAAUGGCGAUGCCGCCACAGACACAAUCUGGCCGCCCAAGUGUUAUUCCGCACAAGAGCCAAUUUCGCAGACUUCAGGAAUCGAAACCGCGUCCUCCAAGCGCCAUGGCGAUGCCACCGCAGACACAACCCCGCAUACUCAAGGCUGUUCCGCCAGAAGGCCAACUCCGCGGACUACGGGAGGUGUCAUCAGUCUCCCCGUCACCAUCGCCUUCACUAUCGCCUUCACUAUCACCAUCUCUCUCGCCGUCACUUUCUCCUCCGCCCAAACCACCACCGCGACGCCUCACGCUUCCCGCUGAGAUGGACAUGGACAUGGGUGCUGGCAAUGGACAAGUUGGAGGUAAGGGGAAGGGCAAAGCAAAAGAUAAGGUCAAAGGAAAAGAAAGGGCAAUGACACCAAGGGAGAAUCUGGCGAGGGGCCCAAGGCGGCAGCUACCAGGCAACACGAAUCUUGAUGAUGAUGACGACGACGACUCGUACCUCACGAGGAUUACAUGUGCUGGAUAUUGA